AUGAGCAACAACAAUGAGGCGGCUGAAGAAGCGGAUAACAACAAUGAGCAGGAGCACCGGGAGAAUAAUCAGAACCAGAACAAUCCUCCCGAGUGGGCAGCGUUCCCCGAUCUCUUGAGAGUGCAGGAGCCUCAACAAAAUGGCGGCGGACUCGAGGCGGCAGGCCUCAUGCAGAGAGCCGGAACUUCGAACCCUCCGGAUGUCAGUUUACCUGGAGCUGCGGGUCGAGAUCCACCUCCGCCAGACUUCGACCUCGUGAUCCAGAGCGGAAACCAAAGACUGCCGGACAUGGCCCUAGACGCGAGUCAGGCUCAGCAGCGGAGUUUACCGGAUAUGGCACUCGACGCAUCGGGACUUCCGCGGGAACGAGUCCCUGUAGCUUCGCCGAGCUGCGGGGGAGCACGUUUUCGGCAGCGUCGAGCCCCGAACGCCAGCGGAUCCCCUGGUUCUCUAGCACAGAUGGCGCAGGCCGCCGCUGCUGGUGGCGCGGAUAACGGCAUCGAUCCGCAGAGCUAUCAAGAUCCGAUCAACGCGCGCUUCCACGAGCUCGAAGAGCAGGUCCAGGCUUUGAGGAUACACGUGCACGAAACUGAUCGCAUGCGGUCGGAAGAGGCUGCGCGGAUCUUGGACGAGCUAGCUGCGCUCCGGAGAUCGAUAGACGUGACGACGCGCGAGAAUCCGGCUCUGGAAAACCGGCUCAUCAACAUAGAAUCCCUCAUACAGAGAUUGGUCGCUCCUCGAGCUGAGCUUUCUGAAGAAGCAGCUCGAGCUUAUCGAGCCCGAGAGCUUCAACGGCAGCAGAGAGAAACGGAGCGACUCUCGCGUCUACUGGCAGAGUCCCUUCAAAUGGCGCUGACUCAUUUCAUGCAGCAGUUGGGGAACGCCGAUCGCAACGCAGAUGACGACAACCAGCCGGAUCCUUGAGAACGCUUGGUUGGUGUGUGAGUGUAUGUUGACGUGGUUCUCGGUGUCGAAGGAGAGGGCGAAGUCACGCUUAGAUUUCUAUAAUUGUUACCAUUGUUGAAACUUCUACAAAUCACCAAAUGGAAGCAUAGUUGUAAAGCCAAACAUUCCGUAUAUUGCUAUUGACGUACAACCGGUUCCAUUAUUGAUGAACUUUCGCGAUUGAACUCAUUGAGAACAGGUGAGCACCGAAUACAUAAUAAGGUGCUGAUCAAUUAUAAUUGGUCAGUCUCACGCGGAACACGCAUAUGCAAGGUGAUGCAAGAGAAACCUAGCACUGAAAUUCGAGAGAAUCGAGAAUCAGAACACGGGGCAGCGUAGAGGAUUUCGCUCAUGUCCGGACUGAAAACAGGACCAGAGACAAGGAAACUACAUUUCCAUCCGCCGGGAUUAGAGACCUCUAGCA